GUUGUCAACCGAGCGUUUCCUUCGCGGUUGACAUCUUCGUGAAAUUCGAGAGAAAUUUUUUUUCUUAACGAUAGACCGAAGGACGAGCUUCGGAAGGACAACAAUACGAUCAUCAUCCCGACCAAUCUUCUUUUUAGAAAGCAUAAAAGGGGAAUGAGAAUGUUGUGAGCGUUUAGUUAUGAAAGGUUUUUUUUUCAAGAUGUUUCGUGUUUUUUAUUUUUUUGUGGUUUUUGGUGCUGUUAAAUUAUGUUUGGGUACUUUUGCUGAUAACAGAGUAUCUGUGGAUACAAAAGAAAACAACCAAAAUUUAGAACCCUACAAAACACGUUAUUAUUUACCACCAAGUUACGAAGGCGCAGGUGAAUACAACCCUCAUGAACCACCAGAACAUUAUCCACCACCCCCUUAUUACGAAGAAACCCAUCAACAUGGAGGUUAUGGAUUUUCUGCAAGCCCUGAACACCAUCAAACUUUUAGAACACCAAGUAGAGGAAAUUCGCACAAUUCUUUUGGGGGAUUAGCAUUAAAAGGUCUUCUAAUACCUUUAGCGGGUAUUGCAUUACUCGGUGCAGCAGCAGCUUUAUCUACAAAUCCAGUUUUGCUUCAACUGGGAGUGAUAAACGGAAAAAGAAAGCGAAGGUCAAUCAAUGAGAAUGAAAGAAAAUCUUUAACAUUACCAUCAAGGCGUGUUUAAUUAAUUAUCCCUCUGGCAUUAUGAUUCAUAACGUGUUAU